UCGGACAGCCUCGCAUUCUCACAUUGGAAUUGCACCGUCGAGUGAGUGCUACCAGCUCGGGCCUCGGGGCAGCGAGCUAGCGCUAGCAGACAUCGAGCAAGCCGGCGACGAGAUGGAGACCGGCGCCGUCCCCAUGCUCCUCUCGCAGCGGCAACAGGGCGGCGCGAGGACGGCGGCGGCGGGGCUCGGCGCGCGCGGGCGCGUGUUCGAGUGCAAGACGUGCAGGAGGAGGUUCCCGACGUUCCAGGCGCUGGGCGGCCACCGCGCCAGCCACAGGCGCCCCAAGCCCUACCCUUACCCCUACGGCGUCGGCGACCCGGGGCUACUACGCCGAACGAGGCUGGAUGAGCCGCGCGAGAGCGCGGCGGGGCCGAGGCUGCACGGCUGCCCCAUCUGCGGGCUCGAGUUCGCGGUCGGCCAGGCGCUGGGCGGCCACAUGCGUCGGCACCGCAGGACUUCGCUGGCAGCCGAGUCCGAAUGUGAGCUCCGCUCUGGGGACGCCACGUCGGUUGAGGAAGCCAACGUUGGCGGCGCUGGCUGUGCCAGCGGAAUCUGUUUGGACUUGAGCCUGGCGCCGUCGGGGAACUGCGCCAAGUGCCGGAAUGACGCCGUGCUCGGCAACACAGCGCACUGCGAACGGAAAUCGCUGAUACUGGACUGCCCUCCUCUUUGACAAGCUGCCUACAAUUAUAGUAUAUACAACUGUACAAGUUUUAUUUACUCUUUUUUCAAACAUUACAACAUGCAGCGGUCUAUUUCCAGAUACGUUUCCUUUUA